AUAAAAGGAAGUGGGAACUGCCCCCGGAUUUCAGGCUCCAACAACCUCCCUCUGUCAAGAUGUGGCACGUCAAACUCUUUGCAGCGCUCAUGAUCUGCUUGCUGCUAUUGGACCAGGUGGAUGGCUCCCCCAUGCUGGAACUGAGUUCAACAAGGAGAAGGCCACGGAGAAUGACCCCAUUCUGGAGAGGGGUUUCCCUUAGGCCCAUCGGAUCCUCUUGCAGGGACGACUCCGAGUGUACCACGAGGCUGUGCAGAAAAAGACGCUGUUCCCUAAGCGUGGCCCAGGAAUGACGUACACACGAGAGGGAAGAGGACCGCACUCACCUGCAACAAUGCUCCGUUCUAUGGAAUAUUGAUUAACUGUAUUUUGGCUGGAGACACUUAGGUGAAGCAAGCUUGUGUUUUUAAUAUUUAAAGACAGAUACGUGCUUUAAACUGGUCUCCAUUUCUUCUUAGAAUGUUAUGUAGAUAAGCUGAACUAAACUUGUCAAUUUAGAGUUUAUUUUUCUAUUUAUACUAUUAAAGGUCUCAAACUGAAA